GUGAACCUGAAAAGGACGCGAUAAAAAUAGCAGGCACGUGGUUGGCCAGUAGUUGACCAGCAGAUGACUCAGCGAUCCCCCACAGCUGCCCAGGCUGCUGGACGGUCCUUUUCGUCUGCGAUAAGAGAUUAGAGUACGCUCCAGAAAAAGAAAAGACGCCUCUCUCGAUGCUGGUUGGUGAGAGGAGACGUUGCAGAAGAGGCACGGAUAUCGGCUGCAAUUGAUAGAUCAGAGGCUUCUCACAUUCACCCUGUUGGCUCUAUUAUUGCGCGCGGAGACAAUGUCGCAUUCCGAGUGACUCGGCAAUUGGCUACCCUUGCGCUCAAUCACCGUCUCAGGCGAAAGAAGCCUCGCUCAAUGUUCUAGCCCCGAGAUAGGGCUCUCAUACUUAUCGACUGCCGACUGCAGAGAUCUUGUGCGCUACAACAUACUCUUCUUUCUUGACUUUCGUCAAUUCCCACUGUGAGGUGAAUCUUGCUUCUCGACCCCCGCAGUCGGAGGCGUCACGUGCGACAGCCUCAGCAACAACGGUCUCUGAUCUAUACGCACGACGCUGGACGGAUUCACUUGGCGUUAUUAGGGUACAUCAUGCCUCCUGCAGCUGUGAAGCCUAGCUCGGCCCCGAAGAUUCCAGCCUCUCCGGCAUUGAAUGCGGGAGCGAGACCCUACAGGUCACACAAGGUUAGAGCUUGUGAUCUUUGCCGGAAACGCAAAUCCAGAUGUACCGUGGAUAUUCCAGGCCAGUCAUGCCUUCUGUGCCGUGUUCAAGGAGCGGACUGCCAUUACCAGGAAGAGGGCAACAGUGAGCUGCCGAAUUCGCACGCGGUAGAACCGACAGGAUGGCAUACAGACCACGUCACGGAGAAUCUUCACGCGGGCCAGAAGCGUAAACGCACUCCAGAAUCCGCUUCUCCUAUGCAGUCAUCUCGUCGAGUGGAAGGUCUUCCCGAAGUUCGACGGUCCAACUCUGCAGUUCCCAGUCGGCCAAAUGAGCACAAACGGCAUGGAAUUGAUGACGGCCAAAAUGAAUCUGUUUUCAUUGUCGGACCAGUGGUGGCUGACGAUGCAAAUGUGAUUGAGAAAUACAUGCCUCCGCAGAGGUCUAACAAAUCGGUGGAGCCGAGGAAUAAUCAUCCAUACAACGUCUACUCAAAUGACCCUAGGAAGCCUAUUCUUUACACCACCGUCUCCAGGCGGAGACAGGGAAUGCGCGUUGGUAUACCACCAGGGGAGAACCAAAAGGAAAUUUUGGAGCAAAUACUUGGACCAUUCAAAGAUGAUCUAGUGAGACUAUUCCUAGAUCGAUUCAAUGCAGCAUUUCCCAUAUUUGACGGCGAAGCCUUUUGGGAAGCCUAUAUUUCGGAUUCACCUAGCGAGCCGCCAGCAUCGCUCUUAUGUCAAGUCUACUCUAUGUCACUGGUCCACUGGAAGCAUACCCCCAAGCUUGCUUGCCAUCCAAAGCCAGACGUCAGAUACGCCGUUAACUUGACCGUCGCAGCAUUACACGAGGAAUUUUCCGCACCAGGGCUGUCAACUAUCAGUGCAGCUCUGAUUGAUCUGACUGGCCGCCCUAUAUUCUCCAUGACCGGCAAUGCAAUCAGCUCUGGGCGCAUGGUCUCGCUUGCUCAUUGCCUUGGUCUAAAUCGGGACCCAAACAACUGGAAACUGUCUCGGCAAGAGCAAAAUCAGCGCAUUCGCCUCUGGUGGGCUGUGGUCAUACAUGAUCGCUGGGGGAGUUUUGGACAUGGUGUUCCGCCUCAGAUUUCGAAAAACCAGUAUGAUGUGCCUCUUCCCACGGUGGAUGUCUUGGUGUCUCCAAGUUCGCGCACUCCUGAACGAAUAAGGGCAGCACACUGCCAUAUUGCACUUUGCCGCUUGACCGAAAUCCUAGGCGAGCUACUCCCUCUAGUCUACGGCCUUCAGCAGCGCUCUCCACGCGAGACAACAAAGAAGAUUCGACAGAUCCGGACGGAUUUAGAUGUCUGGGAAGACUCUCUGCCAGACUGGCUAAGGUCACCUUUAGACACUUCAGAAGAUCGAAUAGCCGGUAUCUGCAGCUUACAGCUGGCUUUUCUGGCUGUGAAACUGCUCGUCGGAAGGGUAGAGUUGAACGACGUCAACAAUUCAGAGACGGACCUCCCCGAAGCUCGCAGAUACUUCCAAACGGAGUGUCGCAAAGGCGCUGAAGAGAUAGUCCACUUUAUCUCUUCCCUCCGCAAAGAAAACUUUCAAGAAUUCUGGCUGCCCUACAGCGCUUUCCACCUAACCUCAACAGCAACUCUCCUCGUGCGGUGCGCCCUGGAGACCUCCGACCCGGAAGUCGCCCGUACAUGCCUCUCCAACGUCGAAUCCUUCCGCGAAAUCCUCCGCCGCGUCCGCGAAGAAUACGACUGGGAUGUCGCAGACAUGUGCCUCGACCACUGCGAACGCAUCCUCACCCGUCUCCCGCCUGGCACAGAUAACAGCGGAGCAACAGUCGACGCAUCCAACAACGGCAUCAUCCUAAGUAGCGGCGGCAAUGCCGUUGGCGUUGGCGUCAACGGACUCAUGGGGCCUCCCGAUGGUGGCGCGAAUCGGCUGGUCAACCCGGCGGCGAUUUCGAUCUCGUUGCCGGAGACACAGACAAAUAAUGAUAUUGUGGACGAUAUGAUGUCGAUUUCGGGGACGUUUGGCACUAUGGAUGGGUUUCCGUUCGAUAUGACAGGGAUUUGGGAUGUUUCGGUUUUUCAGGAUGUGAACUUGGGUUGACCACGUCUCACAAGUAUGGUAAGGGUUAUGAAACUGGUGGGCUGGAUGCGUGGAUGGGAUCAAGUAGCCCCUCUUAACAGGUGCCUGGGCGGGUUGUGCUUAUGCUUGCUUAUAUAUACCCGGUUGUAGGCCACAAGUUUAUAUAUGUACAUUCAACAAUACAAGACAUGAUACACGUUUAGUCGAGGACCUAUGCAACACAGUAAUUCUAUUAAUAAUGUGUUCAUUUUAUACAACAUUGGAAUAUAGAUGCUAGUUAUUUUACAUUCACCCAUGAUGCUUAGUAGAUCGUUGCAGCCAAAAAAUAGAAGUAAGAAGAAGCAGCAAAGACCUCUAUGAGAUACACCCCAAGUUGAGAAAACAAAAGCGGCUUAGGCGCGUAUUAAAGAAGAUCAGAGGGGAGAAAUAAACAGCGUUAUAUGAAGGGUUACGCCGUAGACAGACGGAAUCCUUUGAUGACCAUAAAGGAGAUUACUCCUUCUUGCCGCCACCGAAGAAACCGGUAAAGGAGCCCUUCAUGCUCUCCAUCUGCUCCUGUCGGAGCUUCUCCUCUUCAGCAGCCAUCUCGGCCAGCCACUUCUCGCCGUUUUCGCGAAUCUCCUUUUCAAUCAUCUCAUAGUUCUUCUGGCCGCGUUCACGGAUCUGGUCCCAGAGCAUCUUGCCCUCCUGCAGGCCCUCAGAGGGUGACUGCUCACCAUCCAGGGUGCGGUUAGACUUCAGCCCAAGAGCUGAGGCAAGGCUGCCCACGCUCCUCCUAGGUCGCUUCUUCUGCUCUUCGGCGAGUUCUUUCUCGAAUCGUUCGCGCAUAGCCUUCUCACGCUUGGCAAACUCAAUCGGGAUUGACUGGCCCUCGAACGACUUGAUGAUAGGGCGGACAUCUUCAACGCCCAUACCAGCGAUAUACUCGAGGAAUGGAAUUAGCGCGACCAGGGUCUUGUCCUUGGGGUUACCGUCCCACUUGUCGAGAAUAACAGCGUUCUCUGGUUGCAGACGGGCAUGCUCUUCUUUAGUAUCGAUGAGAAUGACCUUGGACAAAUCACGGUUGAGGUAAGAAAGGUCCUAAGAAUGAUGUUAAUCACUGAUGACAAGGGUCAGACUUGAGCUUAUGCAUACCUUGAUGUACUCUCCGUCCUUGUAGCGAGUAGCCUCCCUGAACAAUGGCCAGCGAAUGAUGCGGUAAGGAUCAAGCUUGCGAAGGACCUGGUCGGCCAUCAUGCUGGGAACACUGGUGAAGAGAACAAGUUCGUAGUACUGGUUGAGAUAGCGAAGGAAGUAGUCGACUCCAGGUCGUUUGGCAACCCGCCACCCAUGUUCACGGCUCCACUCGCUGUGGACGAGCAAAUCUUCCAGACUGAGUACCAAGGUGUAGGGUUGACGCAGGUUGGGGUCCUCAUCGGGGAGCAACCUGGGGAACGCGGGGUCUUUGUAGUAACUUGUAAUAUCGCCGAGGCGAGCCUUGACGCGGUUGUACCAAAGACCAAAGGCCCAUCCUGACGGGGCAUCGGUGUGCUGCUUCUCCUCCUCUGCUGUAUCCCAGUUGCGUCCCAGGUAGGCCAUACCACCAACGCUUCCGAACAAGAAAAGGGCAUACAUCAAGUUGGCCAUGCGGGCGCGCUUGCGGUCGAGAGACGAUUCAUACCCUCCCUUUGGGAUAUCCCCACGGCCGUCGUCAUUAUAUUCUUCUUCGAAGCGCGAAGGGUCCUCCGUGAGGUUUAAAGAUCCAGGUUCGCGCUUCUUAGAGCGAGCUUCUAAUUCUGCGAAGAGGGUAGAAGGGAUACCCUGUGUAAGAUCCGGUAGUGGUUUUUCUGAUACAUCUUGUUCAGGCGGUGUCGGGGAAGAUUCCGGCUAAGGCUGUCAGUUCAAGAACAGGAAAAUCCAUUUGAGUUUCUCGCUAGGAACAACUUACUGUCUCGGAAGCUUGUGAUGUCGUGUUUGCUGUGUUUACUUGAGGAUCUGCUUUCGUCUCAAACUCAGCUUGCUCAGCGGCAUACUGCUCUUGUUGAGACGACUUGGCAGGCUGUGCAGGCUUUGAGGCCUUGACGGAAUCUGGGAGCUUAUAGGGUGCCUUGUUCUUUGUGUUCUUCGCGUACCAUCGAGAAUGAGAGAUCGGAAGUGCUGAUAACCGAGGGGCGGAGGCAAGGGCGUUUGGCCUCGCCAGAGGUAGGAUAGCGCGGCGAAGCAUACUGUGAUAUUUGGUUGUGUAGAAAUCAGGGAAACAAUACACUCAUGCUCCGCACCAAAAAGUGAGAGCUUUAACUCGUGAAGAAGAAAGCCGCGCCAAUUCCUGAGCAGCGGUACGAAUGGAGCGGCGAGGACGAUGGGAGUCUCGCGGGUUGGGACAACUUGGGACAGGAAACCGGAGGGCGGCGAGCGAGGUUGAGCGCAUCUUCUCAGGAAAAGUUGAAGAGUUUCA